AUGAAAUUAGAACGUAUAAGCACUAAUGGCUCUUUUAAAAGAGGUAGAGACGUCCAGUCUUUCGAUUCUCCAUGCGCAAGGCCUCUGAAGAAGAUGUCACCAAGCUCAUCUUUCACAUCUCUUAAAAUGAAAAAGCCUUUCAAAGAUAUUGUGCGAAAAUAUAAAGGUCAUCUUUAUCAAAAUAAUUGCAAACGCAGCUCAGACAAAGCGAAACUGGCGAAACCGGAUUUAUCUUUGGAAACCGAUCCAAGUUUCCUUCAUACUAUUUCACAGACUACACCCGAUAAGAAAGUACGCAGUGAGUAUAUCUCUACUCCAGAAGCUACGCCAUCAAAAAACAGCGGCAUCGAAAAUGCAUGGGCCUCCUCUAGAAUUGUUUCUGCAACCAGUCUUUCUAUAGUGACGCCGACAGAGAUUAAGAAUGUUCUUGUUGAGGAAUUUUCGGAAUUGAGAUUGGUUCAACCCUUAAUAACUCAGCAUCAACGAAGUCAUGCAGUCUUCGAAAUUCCUGAGAUCGUAGAAAAUAUCAUAAAAAUGAUGGUUUCUUUAGAAUCUGCCAACAUAUCAGGAGAAAGACCAUGCCUGAGAAGAAAUCCACAAUCUUAUGAACACUCUUUGCUUAUGUACAAAAACGAGGAAAGGGCCAAAAAAGCCUGGUCGCAGACACAGCAGCUAAAAGCUCCACCGCUCAUAAAACACACAAAGAGCAAGCAAGGAACCUUGUUUAAUUGUAUGAUGGUUAAUAAGUUAUGGCUCAACAUAGCAAGACCUUUCCUCUUCAAGAGCUUGCACUUUAAGAAUGUUUAUAGUUUUGAGAACUUUUUGAGAGCUUUUCAGGAAGGUAAUCAGGUCAUAAAACCAUCUCAUUUUGUCUUGCACAAAUUGCAUCAACUCACACAGUCAGAUAUAGAGAAACUUUCUAGCAGAAUGGAAUGUCAAAACUUGAAAUGGUUGGAAUUUUAUGUCUGUCCCAGAAUAGCUCCCCCUUCAAACUGGUUUAAUAGUCUCCAAAAGCUUGAAAAGCUGGUAAUUCCAGGUAACAAACACAUUGACGAUAAAUUUUUAUUGAGGUUAUCACAAAAUCUGCCAAAUUUAAAUCACUUGGACUUAAGGGCAUGCGAUAACGUCAGUGAUUCAGGUGUCGUCUGUAUCGCUUUGAAUUGUCCAAAAUUGAGAACUUUCAACAUUGGUAGACAUAGACACGGAAAUAUUAUUACCAGCGUCUCACUGGUCGCACUAGGCAAGUACACUCAGGUGCAAACUGUGGGGUUUGCCGGCUGUGAUAUCGACGAUGCCGGCAUCUGGGAAUUCGCUCGAUUGAAUGGGAAGAAUGUUGAAAGGUUGUCUUUAAAUUCCUGUCGUCUUUUGACGGAUUACUCCUUGCCCAUUCUUUUUGCCUUGAACUCAUUUCCAAAUUUAGCAGUUUUAGAAAUCAGAAAUCUGGAUAAAAUAACUGACGUGAGGAAUUUUGUCAAGUACAACUUGUGGAAAAAGUCGCUGAAUGUUCCGAUUCUGAUUGAAGCAUGCGAACGUAUCACAAAAUUGAUCGAUGAGGAAGAAAAAAGAGUAAAGAGGAUUAACUCCUUAAUUGCCUUGAAAGAUAUGACGGCCUGGGCAAAUGCAGAUGACGCAAUGCAGCCUGAUGAACAGUCAAACGAUUUUUUAUGA